AUGAAAUUUGUUCUUUUUACUUUGUUCCUUUGUGGAUUCAUCCUGGAAAUCAAUGGAAAAAGUUCAUCAGGAGCAUGGCUCCCAGAGAAAAAAUCCCUUGUUGCCUGUGAAGGAACAGUGGCUCGACUCCACUGUGAAGAAGGUCAGGCUAUCUAUGUGACCAGUGCUACAUACGGACGCAGCAAUCGGUUCACGUGCUACGUUGGGAUACCUGCAGAGCAGACGAAGAACACUGAUUGUGCUACGAGGGCAGAAUCCGUGUUUCAGAGAUGCGAGGGGAGAUCAGCGUGCAAUGUUUUUGCCAGUAGCUCUGUGUUCGGAGAUCCCUGUGUUGGGACCUACAAGUACCUGGAGGUGAUAUAUCUAUGUGAAAUUCCAUUUGCAACUGAAUGAAGCGACGAUCAGAUCUGCUGUGCUGAGGAUGAAAUGCAUCAUAAUCAGUAACAUCUACAGACGUUGUGAUCCACUGAUGUGCAGCUUCAUCUGUCUUCAGUUUCUUUUUAUGUUUACUUAGCAUUUUAUUUGUUUUUCUUCUCCAAUCUUCAUCUCUUUUUGCUUCUAUUUCAACUUUCCUCAAUAAACCUAACUUGCAUUUACA